GCGUUCCUGGCCGCUCUCCCGGCCCCGCUGCCGCCGCUUCCUCCGGGAUCUGCCGGCGGGGGAAGCCGCGGGGAGGGGGCCCAAAGGCUUCUCCUCCUCUCGCCGGGUUAUUUUUUCCGGUGGUUGCUCCAGCGGGGGAGGUGGGAUGAGCCAAAGGCGGCGGUACCCCCUUCCCGCCCCCCCCAUCUCCGCCGCAGCACAUGGGAAGCAAAAGUUUUCCUCCUCCUCCUCCUCCUCCUCCUCCUCCUCCUCCUCCUCCUCCUCCUCCUGCUGCUGCUGCUGCUGCUGCUGCUCGGUGCCCUCGGCCCGGAGCCCCGCUGGCCGCCCCCCGAGGAUGCUCGGGCUCCGCUCGGGCCCCGAUGUCCCGGCGGGCAGGGAGGGGUAGAGCCGGGCAGGAGCCCCCGCAGGGCCGGGGGCAGCGGAGCCCAACCUGCCCGCGCAUCUUCCGCGGGGAUCCGCGGGUUGCCGGGGGAAAGCGGCUGCUGGGCGAGAAGAAGCCGAUGCUUUAGCAGCGCUGCAUCCCCGCCAUGGGCACCGGGAUGUGCUCCAGGAGGCAGAAGGGGCUGCUGCAGACCGCCUUCUGCCUGCUCACCCUGGCCUGCCUGGCCUCCGGAGUGUUCCUCUACAGCCACUUGCGGCAGGAGGUGCGGGGCGCCGAGGCGCUGGCGCAGAAAUACAAACAGCAGCAAGAAGCGCUGUCAGCACAGCUCCAAGUGGUGUACGAGCACCGGUCCAGGCUGGAGAGAUCCCUGCAGAAGGAGAGGGGGGAGCACAAGAAGACGAAGGAAGAUUUUUUAGUGUACAAGUUAGAAGCUCAGGAAGCUCUCAACAAGGAGAAGCAAGACUCCAUGAACAGAUAUGGGGCCCUCAGCUCCCAGCACAAGAUCCUGAAGAACCAGCACGACGAUGUCAAGAAGCAGCUGCUGGACCUGCAGCUGCAGCACAACAGCCUCAAACUGGAGCACAGGAAGAGCCUGGAGAGCCACAGCCAGAAACUGGCCCAGCUGCAGCAGGAGAAGGACAGCGAGGUCACCAACCUGCAGGACACGGUGUUUAAACUCAGAGAAGAGAGCAAGCUGCUCAGGAAGGCCCACCAGGAGGUUCACUCCCAGCUCCUCAACGCUCAGGCCCAGAUGGAGGAGUUCAGGCAGCUCAAGGAAGCUCUGCAGAAGAUGCCAGGCUUGAGAGGAGGAGGAGGAGGAGGAGGAGGAGGGAAGGGGCAGCAGCCCCUGGUGCCAGCCAGCAGCCAGCUGCAGCCAGGGAGGCAGAAGGCCAGCCCGGAGAGCCGCUCAGCAGCACUGGGUGCUCAGCAGCCGCCAGCACAGGGACCCCCCAGCCCCGCUGGCCCCGGGGGUGCCCAGGGACGGGUGCCCUUCAUCCCUCCAGCCCUGCCAGGGGAUGCCAAGGCGCUGCCAGCCUGGCACAGCACCGCCAGGUUCACCCGCACCAUGCACAGCCUGCCCAGCCCGGACCUGAAGAUGCAGCUGCACAUCCAGGUGAGGAGCCACCAGGCGAGCCGAGCUCCUGGGCUGGCCCUGGCUGACCCGGGACAAACCUCCCUGGCACAAACCCCUCCCGUGCCAGGCGGGCAGCGCCCAGCAGGGAGCAGAGAGGUGCCAGUGCAAAGCUGGCAGGACCUCGCCAGCAGGAUGAGCGCCCAGGUGGCCGAGGAAGAAGCGGGUGGCCACCCCAGGGAGCCCCAGGGUGCCCCCCAGGCCGGGCAGAGGGGGCAGAGGGGGCAGAGGGGCAGCCCCCAGCCCCCCAGCCCCAGGAGAGGGGCAGAGCAGGGAACAGAGAGGGCGGACGAGGAGGAGCUGGAAAUGGACGCAGGAGUCAUCUCCAGGGAGGAGCACUCGCAGCAGGAGCCGGUGGUGCAGGAGCCCAUGAUGCCAGAUGAUGCUGCAGAUCCUGCCCAGGACCCCAAUAACCAAGGUGAGGAUGAGUUUGAGGAGGCUGAGCUGGAGAGACCCGACUUUGAGGAGAAGGUGGGAGGUUUGGAGAAGUUGAAGGAGCCCAGCUUUAAAGAAGAGUCGAAGGAGAAGCCACCAAAGGUGACUGGCUGGGGACAACCAGUAGGGCUGGAUGUGGCAGGAUGCUGCCAGACCUGCCAAGCCCAGGGAAGACCCUCUGGAGGACUACCAAGAAGAUCAGGAGCAAGAAAUUGUACGAGACCAAGGAGGAUCAUGGAGGGGAGGUGGAUGACAACGAUGACCUGGAGCUUGUCCAAGAGCAGAAGGACCGUGUGGGAAGGCAGGGUGGCAAGAAGGAUGACUACUUCUGAGAGCUGCUGAAAAACCGGGAUACUCCAGGAAUGAGGGGAUGGGAACUGCCCCCAGAACUAACCACUGCCCGGAGCAAAGGCAGGAGGAGGGAACUCUCUGCAGGUCCUUGCAGGGGUUUGCAGCUGAAAAUCCCACCUCGGUGUGGGGCCUUGCUGCCUCUCAGAGAUCCCUCAGACUGGGAAUGAUCUUAUCCUGCUGCUUUUCUUAGAAGCACUUUUUGAUUUACGGUGUUCUUCGCCCUCUUGUUUUCCACAUCCCCUUUUGAAGCUGGAGAGGGCUUUUUUGGUUGGUUUUGGGGGGUGUUUUUUACCCCCCCUGGCAGCAGAGGGGUGCCUGAGCUGGUCCCUGGACUCACUUGACUGAUCUCUAAUACAAAGGAAUCUGUCUUCACAAAUGAUUUUGCUCAGUAGUGUUUCUUUAACACAUCCUUUGAGUAGGGUGGGGAGGGAACCAGAGGAAAUUUCCUGUUCUUUGCCUGGAGCUGUGCAGGAGCACCACCCACGGCCAGCAGAGUGUGUGUGGGGGGAUUGAACACCUGCACCCCCUUCCUGCUGCAGAGACCCUCCAGAGACUUGGAGCAGAUCCUUGCAGAGCUCUCCUUGCCAGUCCUGCUGGGCUCAGAGUGUCCCCAUGGAAUGCUGGGCAUCUUCCCUGAGCUGAGAGAGGCUCUUCCCCGCGGAGAUGGGGACAGCCACACCAAGAAAUGGGGAAAAAAGGAAUAUUUGCAGCCCAACGAAUGCAGUUCCAACCUGUUUGGAUUAUUUCCAGUCUCCCAACACUUGAUUAUUUCCAGUCUCCCAACACUUGGCAGGGACCUAAAGUCAAUUUUGCUUCUUCUAGACAAUUUUUUUGUUGAUGCAGAAGAUUGAAUCCUGUGGGACUUGGCCUCCAAAAGACAUCUUACCUGACCUCAGGGACAAAGAAGGAACAGUCAGCUGGACCCCCUGGAAUUUAGAAUUAAAGGAGAAUGGGUUUAAUGACAGUAUCUCAAAGCUCAGAACCUGUUUGAAGUGACAAGAACAGGGCAGAGCUGUCCCACUCCCUGUCCUGUGCCAGACCCCUGGGCCUGAGCUGUCUGUUGCUUCCUCAUCCCCAGACUCUGGGACCUCAAUCAUCAAACACAGCUUGUGCCUGAAUGUCACCACCUGGUAAAAAAAUCAGAGCAUCUUUGUUCUCUAUUUGAAUUAGUUAAGCUCUUUUUAAUCCCUUGUUUGUGGCAUAUUUUGCAAGCAUUUUUAGACACUGGGGAAACCAAUAUUUAUUUCCCAACAAGCUCAGCCUUUUUUAUUCUGACAGCAUUGAUUUCUUUUUCUUCCACUGGUUUUAAUGGAGCUUGAAAUUUACAUUUCAGAGGACUUUUUGGUUCUUUGUUUUGAUUCUGCUUGUGUUUCUUACCAGUACAAUCAGCUGUGCAAGUCCAACUCUGGCACAGAGUGGAGCAGUAUAAGGAAAGGGACAAUUUUAGGAAAUUAUCUUUUAGCCAAGUACCAGAGCUGCUCAUGGAGCCCAGUAAGGAGCCCACUACCAAACCCUAGUGGGGUUUAAGAUCCCCAAAAUGCCCUGAGAUGGUUAAAGCUGCUCUGGUGCUUUGCCAGCCCUGCUGUGAUGCACUCCUCUAUGAAUAGCACGCUCACAGCAGAGCAGCUGAGGCUGCAGUUGCUUUUUCAGAGCAUCCUGAUAGAUCUGCCUCCCUUUCCCAGGUCAGAGCAGCACCCCUGAACCCCCAGGCACGGCCCCAGUGCCAAAGCUCCGUGCCCAAGCUGCCCCAGCUCAUCUCUCCCUGCUGCAUCCCUCCCUGCUCUGCCCCAGCCUGGCACUGGGUGAAUUCACUGGGAGUGAAUCAAACCCUGGAAAUAGAAGCCCGGUGGGGGUGAGGCUGCUCACAGAUUCAGGCUGCAGGAUAAUCUAAAUUAGGAGGCAGAUUCUCUGUGUUUGCAUGGCUGGGGUGAGUAAUCCUCAAAGUUAUGACUUGGAGGGAACUGGAGCAACUGGACUGGAUGCAGAGCUGCCAGCUGGGAGGAUGCUUUAGGAACCAUAUGUCAUGUGCUGCCCUCGGCUGAGAGCAAACAUCUCUGCCCUGGGGACUGUCUGCCCUGCCAUAUCUGAGACUAAAAUUAGCAGAGUGCUGCAUAAAUUGUGAGCUGUGAGGUUGGCAGUGCUGCAUUGCCUGGCCCACAGCGAGUUUUGAUGCUCCUUCAGUGUUUCCUUGAGAAGAGACAAUAAAGGCAGUGGAGGAGAAGCAGAAAAGCCAAAGCCCAGAAUGCUGAAGCAGUGCCAUGAAAAACCCAGGCUGGGUUUUAGUGCACACCACAAGGUCUCAGGAAACAGAUGGAUUGCUAAGAGAGCAAAUAACGAGACAAAGAAUUCACAGGGAGCCAGCACGGCCAGGCUGACCAAGCCAAAGCUCUGGCAAAAAUAUUUGGGUUUUUUGCUCAGACACAGUGCAAGGCCAAAAAAAGUGCAGAAGGUGUCGUUAACUUGUAGCAUUGUCAUUUUUUGGAUGGGUUCAGGGCCUCCACUGCUGUGCCAACCAUUUUCCUUCCCUGCACCACACUCCAAACCCUUGGAUGUGGCAGCAGAACUGGGGCUGAGCUGUUAAUCACAAGGAAACACAGAGGCUGCUGCCAGACCUCCUGCCUGGACGUGGCAACAAGGACAGCUCUGGGAACAGUCACCGCUGUGAGGAGGACACAAAGUUUGAAGGGGAAAAACUUGCUUGGUUUGGCUCCAGCCACUUGCUGAACACGCUGACAUUUCUCAGGGAGGGCUGUCAGAUCUCCAGUUUUUGCAUCCUGGCUGGAAUUCCACACGUAAAUUCGCCAAGAAGUGCCUUCAGCAGCACAGCGCCUCUCCCUGCUCCAAUAUCCAAGUGUUUUCCAAGCCAUAACUGCACCUUCAGCAUCCUUCUCUGUGCUGAUCCUAUUUUUUUAGUGAUCCCUCUUGGUAUCAAAAAAAUUCCUGGCAAUUUUCCAUAGGUUAGCAGACACCCCCCCCAUUAAAUCUGGUGAAAAAAUAGAUGUGGAAAUAACCUCCAAUGCUUGAUAUUGGUAAAUUAAAGACUUCCUUAGGAAGCACACACUUGGAAAAUCCAGUCUUUCCAACAGGAAAAGGUGUCCUGCUGUCAGCCCAUUCAUGUUCAAUGCAUCAGAAAGCAAAAUUAUUUAAACAAAUUCCACACUACAACAAAUUACACUUUGUGUAUAUGCAAGCAUCACCUUCCAGGUAUGAUUUGGGUUUGGUUUUAUUCAGGCUAUGAAAUAAAAAUAGGCCUCGGGAUCUUA